AAGUUGAAGCCCCAAGAAUACAGAGGCCCCAACCAAAACAUAAAAUGCGUGACGCCAUAUUUCAAAAGGUGCAUAAGGUUAUGUCCCUUUUCAAGCAGUGCACCACCAUGAAAGAGGUCAAGCAAACCCAUGGCCAUAUCAUCCGUAAUGGGGUCGAUCAAAACCCCUUUGUUCUUGGAAAGAUCAUAUCUUUUUGCGCGGUUUCGGAGCGUGGAGACAUGAACUAUGCGGCCUCGGUUUUCAGCAGCAUUGAAAACCCAGAUGGGUUUCUAUGGAAUUCUAUGAUUAGGGGGUUUGGAAAAACCAGGAAGCCUGAAAAGGCAUUUGAGUUUUAUAAGAGAAUGCAAGAGAAAGGAGAGGUGGCUGACAAUUUCACACUCUCCUUCUUGCUCAAAGCUUGUGGGCAAUUGGGUUCAUAUUUGUUGGGCAAACAGAUGCAUUGUGCCACUCUGAAACUUGGGCUAGAGUCUCAUGUGUUUGUAAGGAACACUCUUAUUCAUAUAUAUGGUGUGUUGCGGGAUGACCAAACUGCAACCAAACUGUUUGAAGAAAUACCUAGUCCAGAUUUAGUGGCUUGGAACACUAUCAUUGAUAGUCAUGUCAAUUGUGGAAAGUGCAAGGAAGCACUUGACUUGUUCUUACGACUGCUACAGAGCAGCGUAGAGCCUGACGAGGCCACCGUGGUUGUGACCCUCUCGGCAUGUUCUACACUGGGGGCAUUAGAUUUUGGGAGGUGGGUUCAUUCUUGUAUUGAUCAAGUGAAUCUUGGCGAUAUUGUGACGGUGUCUAAUUCGCUCAUCGACAUGUAUGCAAAGUGUGGAGCUUUUGAAGAAGCAUAUGAGACAUUCAGUAAGAUGGAAGGGAAGAACAUAGUGUCAUGGAACACGAUAAUUCUGGGGCUUGCAAUGCAUGGCCAUGAGGACGAUGCUAUGGAAUUGUUCUCGAAAAUGUUGGAGGAAAAGCUUGAGAUACCAGAUGGUGUUACUUUCUUGGGAGUUUUGUGUGCUUGUAGUCAUGGAGGGAUGGUUGAUGAAGGAAGAAGAUAUUUUGAUGUUAUGAGCAAAGAGUAUCAUAUUCAACCAACAAUGAAGCACUAUGGAUGCAUGGUUGAUAUGUUGGGGCGAGCUGGGUAUGUGGAGGAGGCCUACAAUUUAAUCAGGAGCAUGCCAAUGGAGUGUAAUGCCAUUGUAUGGAGGACAUUGUUGGCAGCAUGUCAGGUGCACAGUGACGUUGAGCUUGGGGAAAAGGUGAGGAGCCAUGUUUUGGAGCUGGAACCAGAUCAAGGUCAUAGCAGCGACUAUGUUCUUCUGGCUAACAUGUAUGCAAGCGUGGGCCAAUGGAACGAAGUUAUGAGUGUGAGGAAAUCAAUGAAGGACAGGGGAGUUCAAAAACCAGAGCCUGGUAAUAGCCUGGUUGGAGCAUAUUCUCAUAUGAUAUGAGGUUUGAAAUGGACUCAACUGAAGCCUGUUAU